AUGGUAUAUCUAGAGAGAAGGAUACGAGUGUUGUUCCAGUGCGUAACGUGCGAAUCAUCAGUAAAGGCGAUGGCGCAGCCGGGGACCGAGACAAAAGCAAGCGACCUAGCCAUCAUGGUAACCACGAUUAUCUUAUUCGCCAUCUUCAUUGUUGGCUUGGCUUCCGUUUGCUUUCGCUGGACUUCUCGCCAAUUUAACUCUGCUCAAUCUGUCAACUCGUUCACGGACUCCGACGAUGAUUCCAGUAUGAGCAUCACAGGGACCUGUGGGCUCAGUGAGGCUAUCAUAAACUCGUUCCCGACGUUUCUCUACUCGGAGGUGAAGGAGCGUAGGCUCGGGAUAGGUGGAGCCGAGUGUGCGGUGUGUCUCUGUGAGUUCGAAGACGAUGAAACGCUGCGUUUGAUACCUAUUUGUAGCCACGUGUUUCACUCUAAUUGCGUCACUGUCUGGCUUUCUGAUCACUCCACGUGUCCGCUUUGUCGUGUGGAUCUUUUCUCUGAGUCGGGUGAGUUGAUUCCGGAUCCGGUUUUCGUAGAAUCGCCAAAUGCGCAUUUGUGUGAUGGUGUGACAUGGACCAAUAGAAACAUAGCGUCUCGGUCAUGGUCAACGAGGUUGUCACACUGUCAUGUCUCUCAGAUAUUAUUCUCGAGAUCGCAUUCGACCGGACAUUCUGUGGUUCAACCGGUAGAUAGUUUAGACCGGUUUAUGCUCCGGUUACCAGAAGAAGUCCGGAGGCAACUGACGAAGAAGACGGUGGACAAUGUGGUGUUACCUCAAGCGAGGAGCUCGCGGCAGGUGUACGGAAGCAGAAGUGCCGGAAGCGAGAGGAGCGUCUUCUCGAACCAACGGAAUAGUUACAACAAUAAUCGGCAGCUGCGUUCAAUGAGUUUCUCCUUCUCUGAUUGUGCAUGGUCCUCCUCCGGUGGCAAAGAUGCGGUGUCCCCGUCCAAGAACUUACCGAUUGAUUCCGGAGAACGGCCAUUUCAGCCGGAUGAUAGAGUGUAA